AUGAACUGUGGCAUUUCAGGAAUCGAUCUCGAUCCACUCUCUAUGGCUGCCCUACUAAUGGCAGUGGGUUUCUCAGUCGACUUUACUAGUCACAUCGCUUAUCACUACUACAAAUCAAAACAACAUGAUCCAGCUUUGCGACUAGAAGAAACACUAAAUUGUAUAGGCUGGCCACUAGUGCAGGUUGGCCUAUCGACUAUCAUCGCAAUCGUGCCGCUGACCCUGAAGCCGUCAUAUCUUGUAAUGGUAUUCUUCAAGACGAUUGUCGUUGUGUGUACACUUGGAAUGUUCCAUGGAUUGGUCAUCAUGCCAGCAAUUCUGACAGCAAUCACUCGUCUUGGUAGAGAUUCAUCUGCGCCAAGCGUCAUCGACUCCAGUGAGCUGUCAGAACCUUCAUCUGGCAAUUCUAUUGGACGACAAGAGAGCAUCUAUCGCAAUCCAGCCGCCAUCUUCAAAAUGAACAGAGAUUUCAGAUCUAGUAGGGUAACACCAGCUAAACCGGUGGGUCCUGAAAAGGCCAAUGGUCAAGCAGCGUUCAAGCACAGCAUUGUUCUCGGACAAGCCUCUCCGAAACCGUAG